AUGAAAGAGUCUGGUCUAAGUUUACAGAGAACCCUUAAGGAUAUUUUCGUCCAUCUUGCUGGCAAGAUUGAUUUUGAAGAACAAAAAAUGAGAAAGCUGAACAUAAUUGGCUUUAUUCAUGCAGGUGCGGUGUUGAUGAGGGUCAGUCUUGAUUGCUCGGCCGGGUACAUUUGCCGGUACACCAGGAGAAAUCUACUAGAAGUCUACGCGGAUGUAAACAACUUCGGAAGAUCUUUAGAUGUGUUAGUUAAAAUAAUACAUGCAAAGUUUUUAAUCCUACAAACGAUGAAGAUUGUGAAUGAUCUAGACGAUAAUAGUAAUGUUUCAAGAUGGAAACAGCAGAUAAAAUCAAAUUCGAAACGAUCUCUUGAUAAGCCUGAUGUCCAUCCAACACCAAAGAAACGCAAAGACAAAGAG